UCCUCUCCUUGGUCUACUGUAGCUACGAAGAUGAUAACGUCACCCCCAAAUAAAACUUUUCUACCAGAGCCGCCGCGGCUUCCUCUCCCAGUUUUCGCGUUCUCAAGCUUCGUACGAUGCUCGAUUGAGCUCCAACUCUCUCUCUCUCUCUCUCUCGCGCGCGCGCUCCAACUUUGGGAAUUUUCCAAGUUUUUUUAUUAUUUUUAGGAGUUGGGUCUCAUGCAAUUUGUCGAUUUGGGGAAGGAUCGAGCUUAAAUUGGGCUCAAAAUGAGUUUUUUGGGGCGUUUAUGCCUGUAGAUUUGGGUGGUUAUAUGCUUAGGUUUCUCUAUUUGUGGAUCGGUUUCUACUGGGUUUAUUUUGCUUGGAAUGAAUCUGAAACAUAGGAGACCCCGCUUUUUUGAUUUGUUUUGAAUUAAUUGGAGUUUGAGAAGUGGGUUUUGCUCAAUUUGGCCGUUUGGAAAUGGGGAUUUACUAGUUCGGCUUCAAAUUUUGAUUUUUGUUGGAGUUUCGUCCUCAAAUUUGUGCUUAGAUGGCUCUAAUCCUUUUGAGUCUAGUGAUUUUGUUGCAAUCGCCUCGGAUUUUGGUUUCUGGAUCGGUUCAGAGCCUCGCAAAGGUUUGUGGGGAUGAUCAGGUUGUUUACUGGGAAGAUUCUGAUGGGUACCAUCUUUCCCUCAAUCAGAGUAGGAUUGAGGAUCCUGUUCUUGCUUGUGAGAUGCUAAAAUCCUAUUUGGUGGAUGGUUGCUUCCUCUGCGACUCGCAAUCAUCCAAAGAAUGGUUAAGGAUCAGUAAAAAGUAUUGCGGUGGCAACUUUGAUUUGUUUCACCAUGAGGAUUGCAAGCCUAAUUCUGCGGGUUUUCAUCAAAAGGUGUCGAGGAAACUUUUACUGCGAGUGCCAGUAAAUGCCUCAAACCUAAAAUACCCUAGCGAGAUAAGUGAUUCAAAGAGAGAUGUGCAAGAUCAUAAUGUUUCCUCAGAAUCAGAUGAUAACUCUCUGGCCGUACCAGGAAUGAUCCUUUUAUGUGUUGGUUUUCUCUGUCCAUGCUUUCGCCCAAGAAAGAGAGAUACAGGCGACCAUAAUGUUAUCUCCAGUCAGCUGAAUCCAGUGGAUUCUGUUUCAUCCGUUGAAGUAAGCUCGUCGUCGGAAAGGACUGUGGCAGGCUCACUAAGAGUCCCUCCGAGUCCAUCUAGAUUUUCAAUGUCCCCACAGCUGAGUAGAAUUGGAUCGGUACAUCUCACCAUCCAUCAGAUUUUUAAGGCUACGCAGAACUUUUCACCUGCCUUUAAGUUAGGUGAAGGAGGAUUUGGAACCGUUUACAGGGCUGUUUUGCCAGAUGGCCAAGAAGUUGCUAUUAAGCGAGCAAAGAAGGAACAAUUUCCAGCUUCUCGAGAUGAAUUCAGUAAUGAAGUUGAGCUGCUUUCAAAAAUUGAUCAUAGGAACUUAGUGAGAUUACUAGGUUUUGUCGAUAAAGGAAAUGAGCGCAUUAUCAUAACCGAGUUUGUUCCAAAUGGUACUCUUAGAGAGCACUUGGAUGUUCAACGGGGGAAGAUCCUAGAUUUCAACCAACGGCUGGAAAUAGCUAUUGAUGUUGCUCAUGCACUGACCUAUCUCCAUCUUUACGCAGAAAAGACAAUAAUUCAUCGAGAUGUGAAGUCAUCCAACAUUCUUCUUACUGAUAAUUACAGAGCCAAAGUGUCCGACUUUGGUUUUGCAAGAAGUGGCCCUACUGACACGGAGAAGACUCAUAUCUCGACCAAAGUCAAAGGAACAGCAGGAUACCUCGAUCCGGAAUACCUGAGGACCUAUCAGCUUACGCCAAAGAGCGACGUGUUUUCCUUUGGUAUUCUCCUUGUUGAAAUAAUUUCUGGGCGCCGUCCCGUUGAACUAAAGAGAAGUCCUGAUGAGAGGAUCACUAUUAGAUGGGCUUUCAAGAAGUUCAGCGAAGGCAAGGUGCGAGAAAUAGUAGAUCCUUUGCUAGAGGAAGCAGUAGACGAAGAGAUUGUCGGUAAGAUGCUUAAUCUGGCGUUUCAAUGUGCAGCGCCGACUCGUAGCGACCGACCCGACAUGAAAGAAGUUGGAGAACAGCUAUGGGAGAUAAGAAGGGGAUACAGAAAGAGCCUUCGAACAUGAAAGAUCCUCGUAUACAUGAAACUGUGUAUUUGUUGAAUCUCGGAAAAAAAAAGGGUAAAAUACACUUUUGGCCCUCAUGCUAUGAGGCUCAUGAUACUUAGCUCCUCAAAUUUUAAUUUGUAGCAAUUUCUGACUCAACCUUUUUAAAUUAUCGCAAUCAAGUCCUACAACCCAAUUUAGUCGACUAAAUGUUACCAUGUUGAUGAUGUGGAAGUGAUAUGGCAUCUUAAUCAUUGCUAUAUCAUCAAUUAUAACACUACCACAUUACUUCUAUAUUAAUGACACGUCAGCAUCUAGUCAAGUAAAUUGGAUUGUGGGAUUUUAUUACAAAAACUUAGAAAGUUCGAGCCAGAACUUGCAACAAAUUAAAAUUUGAGGCUAAAGUGUCACCCGUUUUACCCUAAAGAAAUUCAGUUCUUUAUGUCAUCUGUGUUGGUGAUAAAUGGUUCAACUUAAAUUGCCAUCAUCAUCAAGACUGCCCAAGUUGGUGAUAAAUGGUUUAACUCAAAUUACCAUCAUCGUCAACUAAAGUUGCGACCAUUCAUUUAUUUAUUUCUCGUGUUGCAUUCAUAACAGAUUGCAGAGAUUGAGAUAUCUGAAUUUUCAUAUUUUGGUGGUUUGUAAUGUAUUUUCUACGUUAUCCCCAGUUUGAUAUAUUGUUCUUGGAUGGAUCAUUUCACUGCACUAUGUUAUUUUUAUAAAAUUGGAAUUGAGACAUUUUUUGUUUCCUGA